AUGGCUGCCAACACGAACCAGGCUUGCUGCACUAUCCCUCCCGUCAAGUCGGACUACUCCCCCAAGGGUUCUAUGGAGAAGAUCGGCGGUCUCGACACCUAUGUCAUCGGCCCCAAGGAUGCCAAGAAGGCCAUCGUUGUCGUCUACGACAUCUUUGGCUUCCACAAUGCCACCAAGCAGGGUGCUGAUCUGCUCGCCGACUCGACCAAGGCUCGAGUGAUCAUGCCCGACUUUUUCCGCGGCAAGCCCUUCCCUCAGACCUCGUACCCUCCCGACACCGACGAAAAGAAGCAGGAGUUCCAGAACUUCUUUGGCAACGCCGGUGAUUUCAAGGCACGCAAGCCCGAACUCGAAGCCAUUGCUGACGAGCUGAAGAAGGAUGGCGCAUCCAAAGUUGGCCUCGUCGGCUUCUGCUGGGGUGGUAAGCUGUCCGUCCUCGCCGGCGGUGAAGGUACCAAGUUCACCUCGGUCGCUCAGGUCCACCCCGCCAUGGUCGACGCUAAGGACGCCGAAGGCCUCACCGUGCCCAUCGCCAACUUCCCCUCCAAGGACGAGCCCAAGGAAGACGUCGACGCCUUCGAGGCCGAGGUGCAGAAGAAACCGUUUGCAAAGGACAGCGUCUACAAACACUACCCGGACAGCCACCACGGUUGGGCCGCCGCUAGGGCUGAUCUGAGCGACAAGGGAAACCUUGAGAACUUCCAGGACGUCUACCAGCGUCUGUCGGACUUCUUCAACAAAACCCUUGCUUGA